GCCGCCGCUGUCCGCCGCUCUCUAAGUCUGCGAGGCCGCGGCGGUGGGCGCCGACAGCCGGGCACCUCAGCCCGCGCGCCCCGGGGUCUAUGGAGCGGCCUCUCCGCGCCGUCCGGCCGGCCCCACGCCGCGCCCCGAGCCCGCCCCGAGGCCAGGAGACGCGGGUGGUCGAGCCAGCCUGAAUUCCCGAGUCCCUGCAGAGAUGGCGACCCCCUAUCCCAGGAGUGGAGGCCGAGGCGAAGUCAAGUGUGGGGGAGGCCGUGGUGCCAGCGUCCCCUGGGACUUUUUGCCUGGUCUGAUGGUCAAGGCCCCGCCUGGACCCUGCUUGCAGGCCCAGCGCAAAGAGAAGUCCCGUAAUGCGGCUCGCUGGCGGCGUGGGAAGGAAAACCUAGAGUUCUUCGAGUUGGCCAAGCUGCUCCCGCUGCCCGGUGCCAUAUCCAGCCAGCUGGACAAGGCGUCCAUCGUGCGCCUCAGUGUCACCUACCUCCGCCUGCGCCGCUUCGCAGCGCUAGGGGCGCCUCCCUGGGGGCUGAGAGCCGUAGGGCCGCCAGCUGGCCUUGCCCCAAGCCGCCGGGGCGCGGUGGCGCUGGUCUCUGAAGUCUUUGAGCAACACCUGGGCGGACACAUCCUGCAGUCCCUGGAUGGUUUUGUGUUCGCCUUGAACCAGGAAGGAAAAUUCCUCUACAUUUCUGAGACAGUCUCCAUCUACCUGGGUCUCUCACAGGUGGAGCUGACGGGCAGCAGCAUCUUCGACUACAUCCACCCUGGGGACCACUCAGAGGUACUGGAGCAACUGGGGCUGCGGGCCCCGACCCCUGGACCUCCCACUCCACCCUCCGUCUCUUCCUCUUCCUCCUCCUCGUCUUCCUCCUCGCUGGUGGACACUCCUGAGAUUGAAGCCCGGCCUGCUGAGGCAUCCCCUGCCUCUGGGAUCCAGGAGCGCUCCUUCUUUGUCCGUAUGAAGUCUACCCUAACCAAGAGGGGUCUGAAUGUCAAAGCCUCGGGAUACAAGGUCAUCCACGUGACAGGGCGUCUGCGGGCCCGCGCCCUGGGCCUUGUGGCCCUUGGCCACACGUUGCCCCCAGCUCCCCUGGCUGAGCUGCCUCUGCACGGACACAUGAUCGUCUUCCGCCUAAACCUGGGCCUCACCAUCCUAGCUUGUGAGAGCAGAGUUAGCGACCAUAUGGACCUGGGGCCUUCAGAGCUGGUGGGCCGCAGCUGCUACCAGUUUGUCCACGGGCAGGAUGCAACUAGAAUUCGCCAAAGCCACGUGGACCUGCUGGACAAAGGUCAGGUGGUGACUGGUUACUACCGUUGGCUGCAACGUGCGGGGGGCUUCGUGUGGCUGCAGUCUGUGGCCACGGUGGCCGGGAACGGGAAGAGUGCUGGGGAACAUCAUGUGCUGUGGGUCAGUCACGUGCUCAGCCAUGCUGAAGGGGCCCAAACACCCUUGGAUGCCUUCCAGCUCCCAGCCAUCGUGCCCCAUGGGGACCCAUCCAGCCCAGGGCCAGAGCCUACAGAGGAAGAGCCUCCAGUGGACCGAAAGCCGGCUGCCUCUGUGGACAAUGACAAAGAAGAGGCUCCCCAGACCCGGGGCAAACGCAUCAAAAUGGAGCCCAGCCCAAGGGAAGCUAGAGGCUCAGAGGACAGUGAGGAAGAGCUCUCGGACCCACCAGUCCCACCCCGGCCAGAAUUCACUUCUGUCAUCCGGGCAGGGGCCCUGAAACACGACCCUGUACGACCAUGGGGCCUGACAACGCCUGGGGACCCACCACCUUCCCUGCUGCAUGCAGGCUUCCUGCCGCCCAUGAUGCGGGGCCUGUGCACCCCGGGCACCAUCCGUUAUGGCCCCGCAGAGCUGGGCCUGGUGUAUCCACAUCUGCACAGGCUGGGCCCGGGCCCCACACUCCCAGAGGGCUUUUACCCCACGCUGGGCCUGCCGUAUCCUGGGCCCACGAGCACUAGGGUGCAGCGGAAGGGGGACUAAGGACUGGGUAUCACUAAGGAACGGGAACCUGGGAGACAGAUCGAAGCCUGGAGCCAUCCUUGAGAAUUAAACACCAAUCCCCUAGGGGGUCUGUCCCCAGGGACCC